GGGAGAGCGGAUAUAGUUGAAUGCGGGGUCCAGGGAGAGCGGAUAUAGUGAAUGCAGGGUGUCCGGGGAGAGCGGAUAUAGUGAAUGCGGGGAGAGCGAUAUAGUGAAUGCGGGGUCCGGGGAGAGCGGAUAUAGUGAAUGCGGGGUCCGGGGAGAGCGUAUAUAGUGAAUGCGGGUCCGGGAGAAGCGGCAUAAUAGUGAAUGCAGGUCCCAGGGAGAGGCGGAAUAGUGAAUGCGGGUCCCGGGGAGAGCGGAUAUAGUGAAUGCAGGGGUCCGGGGAGAGCGGAUCUAGUGAAUGCAGGGUCCUGGGAGACGAUAUAGUGAAUGCGGUCCGGGGGAGCGAUAAAGAUGACUGCGGGUCCGGGGAGA